AUGAGGGAUCAAGAAACAGAUAGGGAGGGGAAUGGCCUUUCCAUUAUUGGUGGACCUUCCCUUAAAUUGAACCGGUUACGAAGCUCUCCAUUGAGUUGUUUAGGUUUUGGAAUUCCAUCUCUGGUUGGGGGUUUCAGUUUGAAGGUUAUCAAAUGUGGUGCGGGUUCAUCUCUCUCAACCAAUUCAGGUUCAAGGGAAGGGUGA